UUCACCCGAUAGAUAUACCCGACAAAUCGAUCUAUUUCGGUUAUUUCCGUGAGAACAAAAUUAGAACGUUGAACACAUUUAUCGGUUCUUUCCAAAAGGAAUAUAGUACUUAAUGUGAAAUACAAAAUAUAUUGUUACAGGAAUUUACAUAACAUUGUGAUGAUAUGAUGGUUUCAUAAUUAGGAGAUAUUUAUAAGUGUAAUAAUGUCAGAGGACACAUUAUGUGUUGGCGAUUCUGUUUGUCUUUAUGCCACAGAGAGCUAUGGAUUUGUUAUGUCCACACAAUCAAGCUCUGUGCACAAUGAAGUUGCUGUUGGAUGUAGACAAGACAGAGUCAAACCAGAUAUUAAAGACCAGCACAUUAUAUCAUUCACACUACGUGUAGCAAAUCGAUACAAAUUAAAUAAGAAGUUCAAUAAACAGCAGACAAAGUUGGAAGCAGAACCGGAAAAUAUUUUAUUACGUACCCAAGUGGCACAUGCUAAGCUUGCUGCAGACUCUGAAAAUGAUGACAAUAACCUGGAACAAAAAAGACAGCAAGGCAAAAAAGUGGUUUAUGGACAAGUUAUACAGUUACAACACACAUUUACACAGAAAUAUAUCCAUGUUAGCACCACAAAAACAUCAUCAACAGAGAGUAACAACAUGGCUGUUGAGUUGUUGGAAAGUAAUGCCAAACAUUGCCAGUUUAAAAUCAUGCCCAGGUACAAGGUCAAAGCUGAAGGAGAUGUGGUACAAGUGGAUGAUCAGAUUGUGUUGGAAAGUAUGAAAUCUCCCGGGUCAUUCCUCCAUGUCAGUAAAGCAUUCCUAGGACCUAUGUCUGUGUACUCAAAAAGUUUUGAGUUGAAUUUAUCAGUACAGCAGACAGGAUUUACAGUAUAUAGGAAGUACAAACCCCAUAUAGAAGACGACAAUAAAGUCAGGGUGGGUGAUAUCAUAAGAUUUUACCAUAAAGAAAUGGAGGCCUACCUCGUGGCUGAAGGACUGUUCGAUGAUGAACUCUUGGAGGAUGUACAUCUCAGAAUGAGACCAAUGGAUCAGAAUAAUCCAAAGACGUUAUUCCCAAGUACAUCAGCCGUAACUUACUGGCAGAUAGAGCUUCAGACUGGUCCUAUCGAUGGUGGAGUGCUCAAGUGGGAACAGCAAUGCAGAAUUAUUCAUAUGUGUUCACGGAAGUAUCUGACAGUAGACAAAGCAUUACAGAAGGUGACCUUAACAGGUGACCAUAUGGACCCAAAUACAGUAUUCAGGAUUCAUCCAGUUAUCAGGGAAUAUGAUGAAGUACCUUUGGAUAGUUAUUGUAGAAUUGAACAUGUAGUAUCAAAGAGAUGGCUGCAUGCUUUAACAGUUGAUUAUGUUAGAAGAUUUGCACAGCAAGAAGAGGAUAGCUCUAUGGGAUCAUUAAAAUGGAGUACUGCUACUUUGAAACAAAUAAGUACAAUAGAAGAAAAACAGUAUGAUGAUGCUUUUACAAUCCAAGGAGUGUCCUCAGAUCUAGUAGAAAUAUUUGACUACAUGGCAGGCAUGGUACCAUUUAUACAAAAGCUAAUAAGAGAUAAAAAAGAUGGUGUCCAGCUAAAUGCUAAAAUGACCCAUGAUGCUGUUGUGGCAUUGUCAGAACUGAAAGACUUUAUGAUUGUUGAUAGUUUACCCAACAAAAACCGACAGAAACUAAUGAGAAAUCUCAGGAUAGUGGAGUUACUAGUCUACCUGUUACAGAUCCCAUUCAGAGGAACACCUGAUCAACAUCAUUUAACAAGGAUAUUUGUGGAAGCAUACGAUGUAUUGUAUACAUAUUUGAAGGGAGACAGUAGAAAGAAUGAACUGUAUAUUGCCAAGUACAUUGACUUCUUCUUAUCUCAGUUUGAGUACAAAGAGGGAAUGAUUGGAUUAAACUCAGCACACAUGGUGAUGGAGUUAAUUAAAGACAACAGAAAAAUUGUUGACAGAAUCACAACAGAACAUAUUGACAAGUUUGUGGAAUUGUUACGGAGAGACAAGAAUUACAGAUAUUUAGAUUUACUGAAGGUUUUAUGUGUUUGUGAUGGUGUUUCUAUAGCAGACAAUCAAAAAUACAUCACAGAAGUUUGGCUGAUGAAAGGCAACAGGAACUGUGUGUUUUACACAGAUUUAGGACAGAAAAUUGGUAAAGAGAAAGGAGUAGUCUAUGUGUCUACUACUACUGGACGUACCUGGAUGGAGCUUUCUAAAUUUGCACAGAAGUCAAGUAGCGAUGAUGAGUUGUAUCUAUUUUUAGAACACCAGUUGGAGCUGUUUGGAUAUCUUUGUAAUGGCCAGAAUGACUUUUCCGUCAAAGUUAUAACACAGGAGCUGAAUUAUUUGACAUGGGAUGAAGCUUUUACAUGUCUGAGUGAUGAACGUCUUCCUGAUGAACUGAGGGCACAGUAUUGUGAUCUUAUUAUCACCAUGUUUGUUAAUGUUGGUGACAAUCAUUCUGUGAUAGACAGGGUAAAAUUGACGUACAAUUACGAUGAAAUUGAUGACAUAGAGUUUAAGCCAAGAAAACAGGCACCACAACUCCAACGUCAAAAAACCACUUUGGAUGGAAAGGAUCUGGCUGAUCUGAGCAACUCCAUUACAUCUAAAUAUUUCCCAACAUUGAGUGAAUGGAUUGCAAAAUUCCUUGGACAAAACAGUGAUAUGACAGCUUCAGAGAUUGGUAACAACAAACUUGUCAAACAGGUAUUGAGACUGGUACACUUUUUAGUGGCUUUUGGAUUUUACCAGUCUACAGAAGAUAUAAUGACCUUGUUAGAGCCAAUGAUGGGUUUGAUUGAUGGCAGAAAUGACAAACCAUAUCCAGUAAUACCUCCAGGCAAAGAAGGAGAUGAGGUGUUGAAAAACUUCAGACAGCAUGAGAGAUACCAUCCAAGUCAAGAAACACAGGCUGUUGUAGAUGCCAAAUGCCAGGCUCUUGAAGUAUUGGACCUUUUCUUCAAUUUCAUCUUCAAUGUCAGAUUAGAGAAAUUCAUGAAUUGCUUCAAGUUGACACAUACAGCAGCCAACAGGCCAAAUCUUCCUCAUCCAGAGUUAGCACCAAUGCUUUAUGAAACUUAUGAUCUGUCAAACCAGCAUGGAGUGUCCAAAGCUGCAGUAAAGAGAACAAAAGAUAUAUUUUAUCAGACAGAUUACAUCAAAACUUAUGAUCUGGUGUCAAUAUUGAGGGAUUUGUCAUUUUACCAGUAUGAUGAGAUGGUCAGAAUGUCUAUGGCAUUAUUAAACAGAUAUUAUUCAUCCUAUAACCAGUUGUUUACUAGAGCAGUACAAGCACAGGUCUUAAUCACUGACAAAUCAAUAGAAGUGUUUGAAACUCUAGAGAAGAUAUUACCAAAACUAAGAAGAUUUGCCACUGCUAAACUAAAUGAGACACAAACAAAAGAGUUGUGUGAUAUACUCGCUAAAUUGAUUGAGAUGUGUCAUUUGGAAGGUGAGAUUGAAGAACAACAUGGUAUGAACCAGAGUAUCUUGUACAACCAUGGUAUAUUGGAGGAUUGCUUUACUAUUUUGUCACAGGAGAUAGAUGUUAAACUUCUGGACCAGUAUACAGGACAAAGAAGGGUCUAUCAAUUGACCUUCACCUUAUUAAAGAUGAUGGCUAGACAGAACAAAACAGUUCAAGGUCGUUUGUUUGACCGUUUAGACAUGUUAUUGUCUAAAGAAGGGGCUGGGACAGAGUUAGCUGAGUGUUUGACAGAGGUUUUUACUGGAAAUUCAAAUACAUGUAUGAAAGUGACUGGUAACCAGAUUCAGAAAAUUAUGGAACUUGUUUCUAAAAAUCGUGAAUCAGUGCCACAGUUCUUGGACUUAUUGAAUGCCAUAGUGAAAGUGGAAGAGUUAGAUUUACCACUGAAAAGAAAUCAAGGAUUCGUGAUGAACUAUUUUAUGCAGUAUCGAGCUGAGGUAGCUUUUGUUAUUGACCAAGAUGAAGCAGCAAGGUUUCAGAUUCUAACAGAUCCAAAUCACAAGCAUUUACAGUAUCUGAUAGCUAUGGUUGAUAUGCUUGCCACCUGUGCUGAAGGUGAAAACAGGUUUAUAGAAUCAAUUUGUCAAACAAUUUUCAAAAUACCAGAACUUCUGAAAAUUUUAAGUUCUCCAUCUAUAAAUAACAACUUGAAGAAGCCGUUCCUGAGAUUUUUCCUUUGGGUGUACCUGAAUACAGCUGGUGGCAUGAUAGAAAGUGGUGCUGGUGAUCUUCCACAUGAAAAAUCUAUGUGGGCAUACAUAAAUGGAAUGAAUCCUUUGCUUAAAGAGAUUGCUGAUUUUGCUAGGAAGGAUCCAAAGACUAUAAAAACAUUCUUGAAAAGGCCACCUGCAAAGGGUGACACAGGAACAAGUGCCAAUGAAGCUAUCAAUGGAUCCAUUCAUUACCUUUUUGACAGCGUCAUGCCUUUCUUACAGAUAUUUUGUCGAAACUACUAUCAGCCAGACCCUUCAGUAUUCCCAGAUGAACCACAGCAUCUUGAUGACCUUACUAGGAAUUUCAAGGAUUUUAUGGAAGAAAUAGCCCCAUUGGUCAGUAUAGAGAGACAGAUGAAAUCCAUUGUAGCCUGUACCAUGAGUCUGUUGUCAGCUUCUACAUUACCAGUUGAUGAAAUGAGAGAAUUUGAAGAUAAAUAUGCUAAAGGUGUCCAAGGACAGGAUGUGAAAAGUGAUGCUAGAAGGUCUUAUGAAGAAUAUUAUCAAUAUGAAGAGGAAAUAAACAGACAGUUGAAUGUUUUUGCAGUCAAUAUGAAAACAGCAUAUGGAGGAUUGAAUACAGUACAUGCUCAGAUUGGGUAUAAUUCAGAUGCAGAUUAUUCUGAGCUGGGUGGUGAUGAAGAAUUACCAUUAGGACAGGAGUUCCAAGAUCACAUCACAUUUUUUAUUGACACUGGACAUAAAGAUGCAAGAAUGAGAUAUGCUCAAGCAGAAAAAUUAGUCAAACAACUAUCAAUUUCUGCUAAGAGGACACAUCUGAAUGAGAAGGAGAAACUGGAGCAGAUAGAUUUGGAUGUUAAAUGUCUUCAGUUACUGAGAGGUCUAAUAUAUAAUGAGAUUGUCAAGUUACCUGAUGAUUGGGAAUCUGAGGCUGCUAGUCACAGGGUACAACUUCAUGCAGUCAGUGAUGUCCAGGAUGCAUUGAAUUCUUAUGAAGUAGUGACCAGUGUCCUAGACCAUCUGUCCAGACCUCAGGACAAUGUGGUCAGGGAGGUUCUUGCAUUCAUGGCUACACUUCUCUUUAAUGGAAAUGAGUGUGUUCAGGACAAUCUUAUUACUUAUUUUACUGGUACAAGAGAGGAAACAUUCUUCUUUUCCAUCAAAAGCAGAAUGCAGUUGUCAGCCAUAGCAACCAGAGAAAAACGUCUGCUUCAUGCAAUGCACCAAGCUAAGAUGGAGGAAGCUAUGCAACAAGCCAAAGCAUUACAGAAAGCCAUGCAGACAGGACAGAUGGCUACAAUCGAAAUUAUGAAGGCUAACAAAAUUGGUUCUAUGUUAUCAAUGGCAAAGAAAUCCAUGGCUAAUCUUAGAACAUCAGGUUUCUUGAGACCAGCUUCAAGGUUAGGAAUAGGUGGAUCAAAAAACAGUAUGGGAAAGAAACAGAAUUUCGGAAGCAGUCGUCUUUUGAAACCUUCAAAACCUGCACUGAAUGGACAAGCAGGGAAAAAACUUGGUAGUACAGUCAAUCAAGUAGCUCCUGCUACAGAUAUACCAGAUGUCCAAAUAGAGAACAUAGAUGAGGAAGAAUUACAGGAGCUGAUGCAGCAUGCUAUGGAGAUGUCGUCAGAGUUUGAUUUUAGAGAUGAUGGGUAUAUAGAAUUAGUUCUGAGAAUUUUGGGUUUGAUGUGUGAUAAUCAGCAUAGUGAUUUACAGAACUAUUUAAGAGAACAACCAGACAAUAUAAAGUCAGUAAACCUUGUGGCAGAGACAACAAAGUUUCUACAGAUUGUGUACUCUAACAUCAAUGACAAAUCACUCCCUCUGGUGGUCCAGUUGUUUGAUACUUUAGUGGAAUUUACUUCAGGGAAUCAACAGAAUCAGGCUGUGAUAUUUGACCAUAAGAUUUGUGAUUAUAUCAACCACAUUCUUCGUGUUGGACAGUUCAAAGGUUGUGGAAAGAAAGAGAUAUAUGUUUUAAAGAAAUCAAUAGCUACUCUGGUGAGAUCUUUGACAGAGGAGAAUCCUAAAGACUCAGAUGAAGAGAAUUCUCCUGCCCAAGGUGUACAAAUUGCUACUUUGUCUAAGGAAGGAGGUGAUGAAUUUCUCUGGAGAAAGAUACGAGAGACUACAUCUUGGGAAGUAAUGGAAUACCUAGAUACUCCACUUUUUAUCAACACCAUGACAGAAGCCUACCAAGAUAUACAGCAUAUAGAAUUGAAAAUGAAAGGGCAUGUGGAAGAUGAUCCUAUCCUUCAGAAAAGUGAUUGUGACUUUGAAGAAUUAAAAGAGCUGAUUAGUGAGGUUGGAUUUGCCUACUACCAUAUUCUGAGUCGUAUGAGUGAUUUGGAUGAAGCAGUCAACAAAGAUACUUUAAUUAAACCUGACACAGAACAAGAAAUGGCAUGGGAUAGUUUCUGUGAAAAUACUCUUUCAAUAGAAAUACUCAAAAAUGAUGUACUACAGAAAAUUUAUUUCCCAGUUGAGGAUAAGAAUGUGCUAAGAGAUGAAAUAAAAGACAAGUUCAAGUAUGAAGUUGAUCGAUCUUCACCAAGUAAUAAGAUUCGAGAUUUUAUGGACUGGGCUAGUGAUAUUAUUCAUGAUAUUCAAUAUCAAAGAAAAAUUCAUGCUAAUCCAUUGGCCAGACUGUUCAUCAAAUUAUGGAUACCUAUGAAUUACCUAACAGUGUUAAUCAGUUUUAUAAUAGCAGUAUUAGUAAUGAUUUUCUGGAGAGACCCUCUGACAGCCACUGGAGCUUCAGAUUCAUAUAGUGCUAUUCCAAGAUACACCCAUGAUGAAGUGAAGAUUGUAAUAUAUGUUCUAGGAGGAAUACAUAACUUUUUAAGUUUGUGUAUAUUAAUAACAUUUUAUCUUUCUAACCAUCCAACGUUCCCUGUGAUAAAAGCAAUCCAAGGGUUGUUUAAAACAGAUGAUGAUGAUGAUGAUACUGAUGAUAUGUCAUGGUUAGAAAAGAAAAAAGAUUACACCUACUUAGAGGUCAAAGCCUAUGGUGUUAAUUCAAUCUACUAUGUGGUGUUUCUAGUAUUCUCAGUUUUGGGAACAGCGUUUUAUGGCUAUUUCUUUGCUUUCCACCUGUUGCACAUAGCUGUAUUAAAUCAGCUGCUAAAAAGAGUCAUUCAAGCAGUUACAACAAAUGGUACAUCCUUAUUGUUGGUUGGCAUGCUUGGAAUGGUGAUUAUCUUUAUUUAUGCCCUGCUGUCAUUUGCGGUGCUGAGAGAAAGGUUCCUAGAGGCCUCCAGAGGCAGAGAUUGUACCACUGUGUACGAAUGUUUUAUUACUGUUUUACAUCAUGGUUUUGUGGACUCGCUGUACACUUCAUUUGAAGGUAACAUGGAGGAUUGGAACACCAACUUUAAGGAACAUCUGAUAUUGAUGUCAGUGGAUCUUUCCUUCUUCAUCAUAGUGACCACCAUUGGAUUGAACAUCAUCUUUGGUAUCAUUGUUGAUACUUUCUCCCAGCUCAGAGAUUCCAAGUGGGAAAUUGACAAAGAUAUGAUGAACAACUGUUUUAUCUGUAGUAGAGAGAGUUAUGAUUUUGAGAGACAGCUCAGUGGGGGUUUUGAGAAACAUGUGAAAGAAGAGCAUAAUCAGUGGGCCUAUCUGUUUUUCUUCCUUCACUUGGACAAUACCAGAGUCAAUGACUACUCAGCCUUAGAAUUAUACGUGUACAAAUUACUUCAAGAAGCUAAUUUUGACUUCUUCCCACUAAACCAAGCUUUAAGUUUGCAGAACGAGGAGGAUUCACAAGAAGUCAAACUGCAGGAACUGGUGAAAAAUGUCGAUUACAUGGUCAAUAAAAUGAAAGAAGAGGAAGCAUCUAAAGAAAGAGACAGGGAAAGACAGAAACAGUUAGAAUGGGAAAAUCAGCAUCGCAAGGCAAAAUAAACAAUAACCUAACUAUCAAUGCACUAUUGAUAUGAGUAUUUAUUUCAAUGAACUAUUUGAAAUGAGAUUUUAAAACCUUGAAAUGUUGAAAUGUAUUUUUUUUUUUUUUAAAUCACAUGAAAUUUAUCAUGCUUUUAAUAUACCUUUUUAGUCAAAUACAAAGAAAUAUACACAAAGCCUAGAAGUAUCUAAUUUCCUCUGUUUAAAUUGGAGUAUGUUACAUUUGAUUAGUGUUAUUUUGUUUCAUCUGAGCACCAAUCCACCUUGUAUAAUCCUCAUUUCAAUUUCUUGUUCAACAAUUUAUUAACAAAUAUUUGUCAUCAAUCAUUGCUUAAGAAUUAUUGAUUUAAUAUGUUUAUUGAAAAUAUCACUGAUUUCCUGUUUUAUAUAUUUUGAACUAUUUUGAGUUGUAAUAAUUAUAUAAAAAUCAGACAGGAACGUGGUAGAAAGUGAAUAUCAACUCAUCAACAUUAAUAAAAAAUCAUGCUUUCCACAUAAUACAGAAAAAAAAUUUUUUUAUAAAAGAUUAUGUACACCGGAAACCAUUUAAAAAAUCCAUUGUUUCUCAAAAAUAACUGUGGCCAAUAUUUUGUAAAAUUAGACUUUGACUCUCAUUCAUUGUAUCUAAGAUACAAUUGUUGUCUUUUAAUUUUGGGUCAGUCUAUCUUAAAUGCAUUUAAUAUGUUCAUUUAGUUUGAUUGGAAGAAUUUUUAUCGUAAUUUAUUGUAUUUACAUUCAUUCAAUUUUUUUUUUCAUUUUAAGGGUAAGGAUCAGUAAUUUCAUGCAAAAAUUAGGGUAGAGAUAACUCCUUAUAUGGUAUUCAUUUCUCUUCCUUCAGAAAAAGUUCAUAACAUUGUAAUAAUCUUUUUAACUUAUCACAGAAAUAUUGAGUUUGAAUUGAGAAAAUUGUGUUGCCCAAAAAAACUGGCACAUUAAAUUUCUAGGAAACACUACUUUAUUAUUACAUUUUAUAUCAAAUAUUAUUCGUUGUCUAGAAAAAUGAUUUUUAACCUUUGAACUGUAGUUUUAAUUCUUGAUUGUUACAUUACAUUUUGUACAAGUUGAUAUUUAUGUAAUUAAUAGCUUUUAUACUAUAGCUUUUUGAAAUACUUUUUGGAACUGCAUUACUUUUUGUAUUGGAUUUACACUUUAUAAUACCAGUCAGUGUUAAGAUGAUGACAAGAUAUCAGUUUCAUUUUUUUUAUUAGAUAUUUCUGUGCUUACCAGUAUUUAUUUUUUUAACAAGACUGUUGAAUAUGUACAUUUGCAGGACUCUUUUCCUUGAAGGUAUUCUUUUGUAUCUGGUUUAAGAUUUUUCGAGUGGUAUUGUUUAGAAUUAUUGAGACUGACCUUUUAUUGUAAUGUAGAAUGUAUGUGUUCAAAUGAAAUCUAUUGGAUAUGAUAGCUUACUUGAUAUGACAGUCUCAUUUCUGUCAGAUGUAAAUGUGCUUAUUUAAGUUAUGAUUUUAUCUUUCAAGUGUUAAUUGUGUGAUAUAACUUACUGUUUAGAAGUUUAAGUUUAUUUUUACAGUUGAAUCUGUGAUAUUUUAUUGUGUUUGUAUUUUUACAUGUCUUUCCAUCCACCUUGAUGCAUUAUGUAGAAUUUAUUAGAACAAAAUAUUUGUCAGAGAUUUUUUUCAUCAAUAAGUAUUAGCUUAUAUCAUUCUCUAGAGGAAAUACUAUUAAACAAUUUUCAAGAAGAAAUUACAACAAUCUUAUAAAAAAAUCUACAAUCACAGUGUUGUAAAGAAUAGAACCUGUAUCUUAUUUAAAAGUGAUUAGUAAAGACUGAUUACAGUAUUAAUUUAUCAAUUAAGUAUUGGUUCGGUAAACAAUCUAUAACACCCAAUGACCAGGUACUCUUUUCACAAAAAAUCUUUUGCCUAAAAUGCUAACUGAUAUGUUCACCACUGAUAAUUAGUUUUCCUCAUAACAUUUUUGGGGAAAUUGACCCAGCAGGACCUAUUUUUAAUCAAAAGUCUCUUAUUCUAUAACAGUCUUUUUCUUUGUAAUGUUUUCUUUUUUAUUUACUUGUUUCUGUAUUUCCAAAUGUCGUAUUGAUAUGUCUUUUAUAUGGAUUUGGAAGGCUUUGAUAAACUACAGAAUAAUUUAUUUUUCCAUGUUGAAAACAGUUUAUCUGGUUAUGGGUUUUCAAGAAGAAAGUACCGCUUAUCUUUUGAGACACUUUUUCAGACUCCCCACUUCUAUUAGAAUUCUUUACCUUACAUAUCAUGUUCUAGGCCCAACCACUUAUAAAAAGUUAAUUCAAAGACCUCUAGAUAAACAGCUCUUGAUUAUUGUUCCUUAUUUACAAUUUGAGAAAAAUAAUUUUUAGUGCAGAUUUGUUGUAUUAAAGAUAAAAUCAAAGUGUGCCAAUUUUGUCAAAAUGCUAUUAUAUAAAACACAAAUUUGGAAUAAGGAAUAAGUUACAGUACUUUUAGGAAGGUGUAAAUGAAUUUUUGAUUUGCUAUGAAUAUUUUUAUGUAUUUAUAAUAAGUGCUAUGUAAUUUUUUCUUCAAAUAAAUAAGAGCUUAGAUUUAAAGCAUUGAAUCAGAAAUACAUUGAAAAGAUGGAUUUUGUUUUAAGUAUUGGAAAAAAAACUAGCUUUUGAUUAAUUUUUCCAAUAAUUGUCAGUGAGGUUUAUGUAGUUUUUUUACAGUGUGAAUUUUAAACCUUCAGUUUAUAUUUUCAUUAUUGUCAGAAUUAUCAAAGAUAAAUAUAUAUCUGCUAUUUUACAUUUGUUAUUGAAAAAAUCUUUUUGCUCAAUCUUUGGGGUAAAAAAAGUUGUACUAUGUUAUUAUAAUAGAUAUGUCUGCGUUCAGUAAUAUUUUAUUGUCCAAACACUUUAUUUUACAAUGAAUGUGUAUAAUUGUUAUUCUAUAUUUUCCAAAUGAUGUUUUAUAUUGCACCUUUAUUAUGUCAGUAACUUCUAGAUCUAAAUAUCUUUUAGUUUUAGGAAAAAAUGACUGUGAACUGAAAGUGAAAUGAAUUUAAAAAAGGAAGAUGGAUUUUUUUACGGAUCUAUUCCUGCAAAAUAAUUAUGGUGCACUUUAUAAAACCCUUAAAUGACAAUCAAAUUUUGCAUAGGCGGGCUGCCUAUGUUUAAAAAUUAUCUUGUUUCAACUGCUGUAUACAUAGGAAUUUUGAAAUGCACAGAAUAUAUUUUAUUAAUUUAUUUUUUACUGGCUAACUAUCUUGUUAUUAUUUACAGAAAAUCUAUUAAAGCAUCUGAGAGUUAAAA